CAGACAGGGCCGGGGUGGGGGGGAUCGAUGAGUUUGGUUUGGGAAUUGGGAUGGAUAUCCACACAUGGCAUGACAUCACCGCACCAUAUUCCACCUCUCGAACCCACCCAAUCAUUCAUCUUCUUCUUCCACAAUUCAUUCCCAUUUCCCAUAUCACCCACCCGGCCAUGGCCGAUCAUUUCUGCACCUUCCUGGAUUUUCGCCCUCUCACCACGGAGUCCAACUUGAAUCUGUUGUUUUUGCCUUCAAACCGCUGUUACGCUUCGGCCCUCGCUCGCUCCCACUGUGCUACUGUUAAGGGAUUGAAAAGAAGCUCAUUUCAUCGCAGCCUGCUCUCCAGGGCUUCCGCCUCGAGCUCGAGGCCUUCGUCGUCUUCUUCCGAUUUUGAUGUCAUUUCUACCCACGUUUUGUAGCUUCUGCUUCGUGCAAAUGUUCAGUCUCUGCGUUAGGGUUAGAAUGGUGGAUUUACAAUUUUUCUCUUUGAUGGUUAUGCUGGCAGAGCAUUCUGAUGGCAGUCUAUUGUUUCGGUUCGGAAACCCUAGCGAGGUUGCGGAGAAUGUGAAAAUUGAGGAGUCCAGUGCAGUAGUGGAGAUGGAAACUGAAGGCACAGAUGAAUAUAGUCAAGAAGAUGAAAUGUCGAAUCAUAUGGAAAACAGUAUUGAAGCCGAAACUAAUUCAGCUCCUAUCAACAGUAAAACCAUUAUUGCUGUUGAAGAAGAGAAUAUCUCGAUUGAGGAUUUAUCCAAAGGUUCCGAUGAUUUUGAAUUGCUUGUUUCAAUUGCAAAUGAAGAAGUUGAAGUUGGUGUUGAGGAAGAAGAUGCUGGGGAUUUGGAGAAUGGAGCGGAUGAAAAACAUGUGGAUUCAUCUCCAGCAGACACUGCUGUUCUUGAUAAGCAUUCCGAAGAAGAGAAUACAGUCUAUGUUGAGGACUUUUCGAGAGAUGAAACUGAUGAUGUAGCCAAAUUGGAUGUUGAUGUUGCCGAAAAUGAUGUGUUUCCGGAAAGCCAGGAGAGCAUUGUUAGUUUGGAUAAAUCUUCAAGUUCUGAGCUUAAAAAUGCAGAAACUGUAAUAAUCAGUGAGUUCGAUGAAGGCAGUACUGCAACGGCUGAAGGUGAUCCAGUGCCUUCCGACCUGGAUAUGAAUCCUUCUGACGUGAUUGAGGAGCAGAUUUUGCAAUCCGGACAAGAUUCAAUAGCUGGGGAGGGUUCCGGAAGUGUCAAGAUUGAUCACAUAAGUCCCAAUGAGCAAAAUGUGAUGAUUGAUGGACCCAAAAUUAACAAGGCUGAGGAAACUGAGCCUGUUUCAAACUCCAUAGUUGCUGAGGAUCAGGCUUCAGGAGCCGACACUGAGUUACCGAGUGUAAUUGCUGAGGAUAUAACAGAGAAUGGUGAAUUACAGUCACCAGUUGUGCUUUCUCAAAUGGAAGCUGUACCAAUACUAGAAGACACCAUGAACAUGUCCACGGAAGACAAUGGAGAAGAGAGCCACAUAUCGAGGGAUGAUCUUGUAGAAGCGUCUGCAUAUGAAGGGACAGAGAUAAAAGCAGCCGAAUCUGCUCCAAUGAGCGAGGAAGUCUUUGUGUCUGAUCUUGCUCUGUUUUCUGGUGCUGCCCUCUUGCCACAUCCUUCUAAGGUGUUGUCAGGUGGAGAGGAUGCAUAUUUCAUUGCCGGCCAAACAUGGAUGGGUGUAGCCGAUGGAGUCGGCCUCUGGUCGCUUGAAGGGACCCGUCCAGGGGUUUUCGCCAAGGAACUUACCCGAACAUGUGAAAGACUUGUCUCUGUUGGCAACAUAAACAAUCCCGUGGAAUUGCUUGAUCUUAGCGCCUCCGAAACACACUGCCCUGGAUCCUCGACAAUUUUGAUUGCUCAUUUUGAUGGUCAGACUCUCAACGUGGCUAAUGUCGGGAACUCAGGUUUUAUCAUUCUUCGGAACGGUACCGUUUACAAGAGAUCUUCUCCAAUGUUCCACGCGUUUUACUUCCCAUUGCAGGUCGAAGGAGGUGAGGAGCCGUCUCGUAUGGCAGAGCUCUACAGAGUCGAUUUGGAAGACGACGAUGUGAUCGUCAUUGCGACUGAUGGGCUUCUCGACAACUUAUACGAUCUAGAAAUUUCGUCUGUAGUUUCCAAAUCACUUGCUGCUGAUAAAAAGCUGGAGGAAAUAGCGAAGUUGUUGGCAGAAUCGGCGCAGGAGAGAGGCAGAUGUGCACACGGGAGAAGUCCAUUUGCUGACGAAGCGCAGGCAGCCGGGUACACCGGGUGCACUGGCGGCAAGCUUGACGACGUGGCUGUGAUUCUGUCGGUCGUUCGGCUACGGCGGCCGGAAGCCGGUGAGGGAAUAUAUUUGUAGUUAGCAUAUGUAUAUGUAUGUAUGUGCAUGUACAUACUUGGUUCGUCCCCUCUCUCUCCAUUCUCAAUAUUUUCAGCGUCUACAAAUUGGUUGGCUUUACAAUUCUAUUAUGUUUAUUUUUAAGGUAUAGAUGUGGCUAUGA